ACAUUAAACGACUCCGAUUUGAGAGUUGAAUUGACUCAGGCGAACCUGAAGUUCUUCGAAGAGCAAGCAGUUAUGGCAAACAGAACAAAUGGCACACAGUAUAUAAACUGCGUCGGRGAUUCUUUGAGUGUUGUGAUUGUAAAAGCUGUAGCUUAUGUUUUUUUUUUGUUGCUUUCGUUUGUUGGCAAUGGAAUGGUUUUGCAUAUUUUUUACAAGAACCGCGCAAUCAGAACAACCACCAACUCUUUUAUCGUAAACAUGGCUGCUUCUGUUUUUUUUAUUCCGAUAUUUCUGAUUCCUAGACAAAUAGCCGCUGCUGUUGAGACAGAAGAUCCCAAGACCCAGAUAUGGCGAAUUCAAGGAUUCUUUGGCGAGCUAUCAUGCAAAAUUAUUCCGUACAUAGGGGAUGUCUCGCACUGCGUUUCGAUUUUAACUCUCGUGCUCAUAUCCGUGGAUCGUUAUAUCGCGAUUUGUUGGCCUCUUUCCACAAGGUACAGAAUUACGCCAAAGCGUUGUCAUAUUCUUAUAGCUACUACGUGGGUCRUAGCACUGAUAAUUUUUUUUCCGAUUCUAUAUUCCUUUCAACUUGUCACAGAAGAGGGAAAACAUUUAUGUACGAUGUAUUGGGGAUCGUUGCAAAACUACGACACGGCUAGCCACAAGAUCCAUSAAAAAGUUCAAAAAUAUUAUGCCUCGGGCAUUAUUCUGCUCAUCUACGUCCUCCCUCUGAUCACAAUUACAAUACUCUAUUCCUCAAUAAUUCAAGAGCUCAGAAGUAAACAAAGAAUGCAGUCAAUCCAUCAGCCAACACACCAUCGUCGCCAAAGACGUCGCGAGGAUAACAGGGUAAUUGCAAUGUUAGUGGUAGUUGUGUCUAUUUUCGCCGCGUUUUUCGCGCCAUUUCACGUUAGUGUUUUUAUUCAGUUGUACAUUAUAGACUACACCAAGUACAUUCCUUGUCAAAUGAAUGACAUUCGAUUUUCUAGAAUAUAUCUUACUCUAUCGAUCUGCUCCAUCAACCCUUUCAUUUACUUCAUCUUCAUAAGAAGAUAUCGAAAAUGCGCCAGAGUUUUUUUUAAGUGUUUGUGUGGGACGAAAAUAAUAAAUGUAAUCUCGAAAAUGCGCAAUUGGAAAUGUUGGAAGAAAGACGACACCGACGAACAGGAGACACGUCGAACAACCCUUUUUUUUAGUUCCUGUAAAACGCGUCAAACAGAGCUUGUACUGUUGGCUUUGGAACUUUUUUUUACAUUUCAAUUCGAGACAGGGUUAUAA